AUGCGUCGAGAGAAAACGGCCAAAAAGGUCUUGUACGCAGUAGGGCUGUUGAUCAAAACCGUGCUGUUAUGCUGUACAGCUGCACAGCAAUGGGAGGCUACGGGCCAGCCGGAAGUUUCCAAAUUUGGGAUGAUGCUACAACGCCACAUCUUCAAGAGGAUCACGGGGGCUGGUCUUUCAGAUGUGUGCUUGCGGGGAUGCUAUGCUGACGUCAGAUGUCAAAGUUUCAACUACGUCUUUACGCAAGACAUUUGUGAGCUGAGUAACCGAACCAAGGAGGCCAGACCAGAGGAUUAUGUUCCGAACCCUGAGAGAUUUUACUUUAAGCGAGAUUACAAACGAGUCCCUCUCGGUUCCAUUCCUGAGCUGCCUGCGGAGACUUGCCAGGAAAUCAAAAUGAGCGAAGGAGGACAAGCGGUCAGCGGCAAAUACUGGUUUCACUCGAUUGUACCCGAGAGGACUGUUCUGGCUCCUUGUGACAUGAAAACCGAAGACGUGGACGAGUGUAAUUCGACCAUUCCCGUGUGUGACGUUAACGCUGAGUGCGUGAACACCAUCGGUUCUCACAGUUGCUCGUGCAAAGCUGGUUUUACUGGAAACGGAAAAAAGUGUGUCGAUGUCGACGAAUGUGCCAAUAAAUCGCAUGACUGUGACGUCAAUGCCUACUGCAACAAUACCGUUGGUUCCUAUCGAUGCACCUGCAAUUCCUGGUACCAAGGAAACGGAACAAGCUGCUAUUUUCGUGAGUUUAACUAA